CAAAGACUUUUAGGUUAUGUAAAGACCUUUUUUGCACUUAAAUUCAAAAGUAAACUUAAUAUCAAAGUGAUUAGUGUAAAAAAAGCUUAUUUAUAAAUUAAUAUAUUAAUGUUUAAAUCUAAAAUGUUAUUUAUUAACUCGAAUAUAGGCUCCAUCGAAAUGUAUAGGUUAUGUUAACAUAAAUUAUUAUUUGAUAAAAAUGUGUGGGAUAUUUUGUGCUCUUGGUUUAAAACAGAGCGAAGAAUUACUUAAUAAUUUGCAAAAAUCGUGCGAAUUUUUUAUUAACCGUCGUGGCCCGGAUCAUCAAAACACUCAUAAAUUCUCCAAGUUAAGCAAAAAUGCAAAACAAGAAAUCAAUUUUAUUUUUACCGCAAGCGUUUUGUGGUUGCAAGGAGAAAAUUUAACGAAACAACCGAUAAUAACAGAAAAAUCCGUUUUUCUUUUUAACGGAGACGUUUUCGAUGGAAUAUCGGAGCUUGAUCGAAAAAGAUUUGGUGAUACCCAAUUACUUUUUGAUCGAUUAGAACAAAAUACCGAAAUUUCGUUGGAAUUAAGCAAAAUAAGCGGACCUUACGCAUUUAUUUAUUUCGAUAAAAUUAAUUCAAGGUUAUAUUUUGGUUGUGAUGUUUUUGGGAGGCGCAGUUUAUUAAUCGGGAAGAAAAAUGAUGUUUUAGUUUUAAGUAGUGUGGUCAAUAAAGGUGUUUUUAUUCACGAAGUUCCACCAAUUGGAACUUUUUGUAUUGAUUUAGAAGAAGACGAAGUAAUUUUAUAUCCGUGGGGUUUUAGAAAUGGAGAUUUUGAGGCAAAAUUAAACGAUAUCGAAACAAUCUUAAAGAAAAAAAUAAAAAUAAUUCAAAAUAUUACUUUAACAAAUAAGAAAUUAGAAUAUACUGAGCCAAAUCAUGACGAUUUAAAAGUUUAUGAGGACAUUAAAACUAAUCAAAAUUUAAUUUCGCCUUUUGAAAUUCUCUUACAUGAUUUAAAUUUUUUAAAAAACGUUUCUACUUUAUUGGGGAAACUCGAAAAUUCGAUUAAAACAAGGAUUUUAACCCAACCGAAAUUUUGUGGGAGAUGUGUUAACACAAAAACUGUUUGUGAUCAUUCAACGAUUGGAGUUUUAUUUUCCGGUGGUGUUGAUUGUACGAUUUUAGCGGUUCUAAUCGAUAAGUUUUACGACAAAGUGCGUCCUAUUGAUCUUAUUAAUGUUGCUUUUGAACGCGGUGAAAACAAUUAUAAAACUCCUGAUCGAGAAACGAGCCUACAAAGUUACGAGGAACUCAAAAAAAUUUGUCCCAAAAGAAUUUGGAACUUCAUUGAAGCAAAUAUCAGCAAAAAAGAACUUGAUGAAGUUCGAAAUAACCAUAUAAAGCAUCUUAUUUAUCCGCUAAAUCGAAUUCUUGAUGAUAGUUUGGGGUGCGCUUUAUGGUUUGCGGGAAGAGGAAUUGGAGUAAAAUUUGUUACUUCAGCUAGGGUUUUAAUCGUUGGGAUGGGUGCUGAUGAAUUAUUUGGUGGCUAUUGUAAACAAAGGGGAAAAAUGAAAAUUUCUGGGUGGAGAGGUUUGCAUGAAAGUUUAGAAGAGGACUGGGAGAACAUCUCAAGGAAAAACCUUGCGAGGGAUGAUAGAGUCGUCUCAGAUCACGGGAGACAAUUAAGAACUCCCUAUUUAGAUGAGAAUGUAGUUGAAUUUGCAAGAAAUUUGCCUUGUUGGGAAAAGACUUAUCCGAGUGAUGAUUUUCCGAGGGGUUUGGGCGAAAAGAUUUUAUUGAGGAGUUUAGCAUAUCACCUCGGAUUAAAAAGCGCUUGUUUAUUGAAGAAGAGAGCCUUGCAAUUUGGGUCAAGAAUAGCUAACAGUAAAGAAAAUGCUUUCAAUGUGUCACCAAGGUUAUGAUUAAAAUUAAAUGAUUAUUAUAAUAAAGCUUUAAGUUUU